AUGGCCGAAGCGAAUGUGCAUUGCCUCUACGAAGAUGAAGAAGGAAGAGUGCAGGAGGUUUUUGUGGAGAGGAUCGGAAGUGACUUGGAGAACCUGGAUGCACUGAGAGAGAGCGUGCUCUCGAGAUUGGAUGAGAAGGGCAUAAGGCAAAAGGAGUUCCUGGUCACCGAUCUGAACCGGAGGGAUCUUCUGGAUGGUGAUCUUGCAACAGCAUUGAGAAGAGGCCAGCUAAUCCUUUUCACUCAGUCAAGAGACUUGCCCAUUCCGGAGGGAUCAGCAAUAUCCACGCCGCUGCGCUUUGUACCAAAUCACAAGAGCCUGACCAAACGAGGCCAGGAAACAUACACAACUGAGGAUGGAAAGAGUUCCCUGGUCAGCGCAGCCGGCGAGCUCAUCGACAAUGCUGCAGAUGCAUCAUUGUGGAAUCCUGCCGAAGGACUGAGAAAGUGGGUCAAGAUUGUAUUCUGCGAGACCCCUCGACGCAAGCUCGCCCUGGCAGUCUUCGACAAAGGCAAAGGUUUUGAGAUAGACGACUUCGAGGCCUUUGCGACCAUGAACCUGAGCCAGGAAGAUCGAGGCAACUCCCAGAAGCCUGCCGAUGAGGACUCGGAGAGUCUGUACACGUCUGACAACCAGAUCUCAUUCCACGGGGUGGGCGCGAAGACCGCGCUGUUCUUUGCGGGGCCUGAGUUCCACAUCAUAAGCAGAGCCGCGGGUUGCACGGGCGAAGAAGUGACUCACUUCUCGAUGUCUGAGGUCGAAUUUGAGAGGCGCCAACGAGAAAAUGCCCCUGUUUACGAAGGCAAUGCGUCAAAUAUCUCGAGCCUCUGGGAGAUUUUGGAGACGAUCAUCCCUCAGGCUAAGACGAACCUGCCGAACAUUGAUGAAGCAGUGGCUGAAGUGGCUUCGCUGAGGCAUUUCACGAUCAUCGUUGUUCCAGAACUUUACGCGGCCCACUCCAGGGAGAUCAUCGGCGAUCGAGGUUAUGAGUUCAGCCGGCAACUGGCGGCUAUGUUCUACUGGAAGAUGCACGGCGUCGGGCGCCUACAGCCAGCUCUAAAGACGACAUCCUCCGUGAAAAGGGAGUUGAACGAAAGCAAAAAGCUCGAACUGCAGACGACUAGCUUUCCUGGAGAGGUCACGUGGCGGCUGAACGAACUGAACGCUGACGUCAUCAGCCAGACGCUGGAUCGUGCUUCACACCUCUUUGAGGUCACGGUCAAGCCCUUGGGGAAGUCGAAGGCUUACCUCCUCCACUUCUACCACAACAUGAAGGACGGGCGCGAGAGCCUUCCAAGGAGAUACAACCCACCGGUGAGCACCUCCGGUUAUUUCCCCCCCGCACUCUCUGUCCGCCUCGUUGGCAGCCCGAUCACCGGAAUGCUCUUCAUCAAUGACAGCUACAGCAUCGAUCAAUCAAAGCAGCACGUCUCUGAAGACUUGAAGGCCCUUUUCUUGGGCCUCCCUCACGACGAGACUAUCUUCGAGCCCCGGGGAGCUUCAGAGGCUUUCAACAAAUGGGUUCGAGCAUGCAGCAAGUUUGACGAGAUUCUGACCUUCGAAGAUCCGGACCGCGUUCACGACACGGACGCGCCCAGGACCCGAUUCAAGCGCGUUAGCGUCGCCGGCAAAGAGAAACGGAUUUUCGAGGUCGGAGACAAGGUGACGUUCCGGAGGAGAGGUUUCAAGUUCUACGGAAGGAUCGAGUCGCUGACCUGUCCUUGGAAGACUAAGGAGGACAAAACGGUCGGAUCGACAGGUACCGCUUCCGUCAGGCAGGCACCAGAGGAGCUCAAAAACUCUGCUGAAGUUCAGAUCGAUAUCUACGACCUCGGAUCAGUGCUGAACGAUUGCGAGUGGAGAGGUGUUCUUACGGAACUGCAUGACAGACUCUGCGUAGAGACUUUCGAGCUCCUCUGGCUCACAGCAGAUAACGCUCCCAUGGACGUGAUGGGCCCUAGAGUAUUCUCUGCGCCGAUCAGCAACAAAACCGAGCGGUUCCGGCUAAGGGCCAUCAAUAAGCAGGGGGAAGAACUGCAGACGCAUCAGGACGGUAAAUGUUCCUUAAGAACCAAAGUCGUUCUCACAAAUCUGGCAAGACCAGACUCAUGUCCGGUGACCCAAUUCCUCUGCAACAUCGGUCACGUCCUGAACCUACCCGCCAUCCAGAAAGCGGGAAGCUACCUCGUCACUGCCUCACUCAUGGAGUACGGACUCUCGCCUCAACAGCCCCUCGAGGAGACUUUCCAGGUCAAGGCAGGACUUCCGGUCGCAUUCUCUGCACGACCGCCGCAGAUAGUCCUUGUCGGCCAUACGUUCUGCCUCCGCCUGGUUCUUCAAGACGCGUCCAAAAACGACUUCUCUGACGAAGAUGGCCUUCGCGACCUGCUGCCCACAUUUCGACCAGAGCUUCAAGCUGUGCAGGAGGGCUUCGCUUUCCACGUGGACCAGAUGAGCGUGCUGAUCGAGGAUGGCUCCGUCUGCUUGCGAGGCGUCGUGGUGACGGUUUCUCUCACGAGCGUUCCGAGCCUUCUUGAGCUGGUCGUAGCUCUCCCAGGUUACAAGCAGCUUGAUACCAGCCCGGCACGGUUGUCAGUUCAAGCUGGGCCAGACCAGACGCUAAGUUUCCUAGAGCUUCCUGAAGCCAUGGAGAAUGGCAGCCUUUUCAGCCUCACCGUGGAGCCAAGAGACGCGUACGGCAACCAGACCACCUUCAUCAGGGGUGGCUCUGCACAAUUGGUCGCACAAUUUUCGCCGGGCCUUGUCACCGGUACGAUAAGCCAUGAAGUCAGCAGCAAAACCGGAAGAGUGGAAUACUAUGGACUGGUCGCCCUUGUCAAAGAUCGUAGCGCUUGGGAGAAUAGUCUCAGCGGAAUCGUUGUAGACGUCACAGUGGGUUUGUGUGAUUUCAACAAGUCGGGCACCGCCCUGGAAGCGCGAGCGCGCUCCCGCAUUCUGCCAAGGCGCGCGCCGGCUGCGCUUGGUUUCCUCCCCGAGGGUCAACUCUACGGAUCAACUGACGGGGGCCCUAUCGAGCUGGAGCUGCCUGCGGGAAGGAGUAUCGAGAACUGGCAACUCCUGGCUUGGGACGAGGCGGGCCGUCAAGUCGAGGAGCUUGCGAGCGAGCCACAACCCUUCAACUGCUCUUGGAACCAGACCUGCGAUCUGCGAACCGGAAAGCUGCCGCCGUACCGCAUGCCCACGUCUGCCAGCAAACCGCCGGAGCAGCUUCUACUGACGUGCAACAACUCAAGCCUCUGCUGUCGCACCGCCCUGAAAGCCCAGCCCCUUGAACCCUCAGCCUGGGUUUGCGAGGAGAACGGAACGGAUGGUGCCGCGGGCCAGCUGAUCGUGCCGUGCGGGCAGUCCCUUGGGCAUCGCCUGCGCAUCUUUCUUGGCGACGUCUACGGGAAUGCGUGUCAGCCGCCUGUGGAGGUUGCAAUGCCACGAAUCUCUCUGCGUGACGAGCGGGUCUCAGGGGAUGUGACUAGGCAGGGCUGGACUCCCCAGCGUGACGGAGCUGUCUGGUAUCUGCCCGCUGCGAGACUACUGGGAAAACAUGGUUCUGUUCUUCAGUUGAGGGUCGACGAUGAGAAGGAUUCCUACAAGAGCGCGCUUCUAGAGAUUCGUCUCGUCAGGGGUCUUCCGCAUCAUGUCGGCAUCAGCCUUGAUCCUAGCCCCGGCCCCACUCAGAUGGAAGUUCACUUUCCGGUGAAAGAUCGGUACCGCUUUUCAGUCAUUCGAGCAAGCAUCAACGAUGAGGCCGACAACAAGCUGCAAGUCAAGGGGAGGGUCCUAAUUUCUACCGAUGACGCCGACACGGACGUGAGCGUCCCGGCUGCAAGAAACAGCCCCGACCGGCCGUGCUCACUUGUUGGCUUCAAUGCGGACGCCGUCUUUGAAGACGUUCUCUUCGAGUGCACAGGGAUGAGAGGCAGCGAACUCGAGAGAAGGGUGCUCAAGUUUGACUCAGACGGGGUGGAAAGCGGAAGACUCGUUCUUUCAGUGUCGCCUACGGACACCGUCGCAAGUCUUCAUGCCUGGUUGGACUUCGAUUCUGUGGAGAACUCGCCCCAGCAAGAGAGCGACCUCGAUGCAAAGUCUGUUGCCAGUGGGAGCCGUCUUUCUUGCAUUCGACUGCGGCUUCUGAAUUCAGCAGGCAAAGACACGGAUCUGAGCGGAGUGCUGCCGGAGCGGAGCCUUGAGUUCACGCUGCUAUCCCCUUCCCGCCAAGUUCUGUUGCCCAACCCGUCUAACGAACUCAAGUCCAGAGUUCUUCAGAGUGGAGAGUUCGUCUUUGAGCCUUCCAAACCGGAUAAGUUGACGCUUACAGAAGCCGGAUCGCACAGUCUGACGGCCGUGUACACCGAGCGCCGCUCCGAUCUGCUUCCAAACCUUCAGGAGUGCGAUCGCACGGUGGUGAAGAAGCUGUUUCUUGAAGUGAUUCCGGGCAACCCGCACCAGCUUCAGAUUGCUGAGAAGCCCGAGGGGCCCCUCCUUGUUCAUGUCGGAAAGGAAGACGAGGGCGAACUUGUCGAGUGCCUGCCGUGCCUCUCUGUCCGGGUCGAGGACUGCUUUGGAAACCUCGUGCCUGCGGGUCUCUGGAACGAGCAGAUUUCAGCUGAGGUCAUCUCAAAAGAUCCCUCGGUUGGAGCACCAAUGCUGGACGACUCAGGCUGCACGGUGAGCUGCGGGGCCGACGGGUGCGCGCAUUUCAGGACUCUGUCUUUCUCCUUAGAAGGAUGCACCAGAGACGGGACCGCGGCUUGCAAGCUGCGCUUCAAGUCUGGUCAGCUCGUGCCGGCGGAGACUGUGCUCCUGGUGACAAACGAUUCCGCUCUGAGACGAAAGAUCGCCGAGUGCACGGAAAAGCGAGCGAAGACGUCUAGAAUGGCCUCCGAACUGGAAGAAAGUCUGCUUCAGGCGGAGGCGGACCUCCGAAACUGUCUGAACAAGAAACGGGAUAGUGAAAGAGCAGCCGAAGAUAUCAAGUCGAGGCUACCUGCAGCUGAUACAGAAGCCCUCGCGCGAGGCCAACGGGCUGACGAGCUGAUUCGUAAUCAUCAGAGAGCUCGCGAUGCGCUGCCACAGGAGCGCAAGGCGCGCGCUGGAUGCACCGUCGAGAGCAAAGUGUCGGGGCUGCUAGGUUUUUAUGGCCUGUUGUGUGAUUUGGCGGAGAUCGAGGACGAUAGCAGGGCACGUGUCAUUUCCUGGUACUUUGGACAGAGUAGGCUCGAGAUGGUGGUCUGCCGCUCGGACGCCAUCAUGGCCCUAGCUGACGUGGAUGACGGGUUUCGCGUUCUCGAUAGUUCGAUGGUGAAGUCGUUUGUGCCAGCGGGGGCAGGCAAGCUGCAGCUCACGGUCCCACACGGAAACCAGAGCCUUCCUGAGGUUUUGCAAGGCGUUCAACCGGAAUUGGCAGUCAACGUCCUUCGCCUGCGGGAGGAGCACGAAGCCUUUCGUGCAUCCGUCUUUUGGGCGCUUCUUGGUAACACCUUGCUGCUGCCCAAGAAAGUCGACGCCAUCGCUUACAGGAGGUUCCUAGUUCGGGACAUGAUGAAAGAGUGUCCGACCAUCCUGACGUACGAAGACGGGUGCCACGUGGCCGCCUCGGGAGAGACGGGCGGCAGGUGCUUCCGCGCCCCCGCGACCAUCCAGAAUCUGCCCGCCUUCUUCGGCUCCGGCCCGCGCCCCGCUGCCGCGCGCGAGCAUCAGAUCAUCGAUACUCUGCGGGCGCUUAGACGUGUGGAAAAGGAACUGGAGAAGCUGUACCACAUGGAGCUGCAGGCAGCCGCAGAGCGAGAUGCCGGAACGCGAUUAUUGGGGCCCCGUCUUGAAAAGGAAAAGGAGGAGAUUCAGCGCCUUGACGAUAAGCUUAAGAGACUCGAAGGGCAGCUUUUCAAGACCGGCCCGAUCACGGCGCCCCUGCCACAGCAGAUCAAGGAGGAACCCGCGGACGACUCGGAGGCCUUUGAUAGGGAGGAAGCGACCCCGAGCCGGGGCGAAAGACGUGCAAGGGAGGAUGGUGCCGCGGAAGGCGACGCCCCAGUCACGAAGAAGAGAAGGUCGGAGAGGCCGGGGACAAAGAAGUGA